AUGAUGAUUGCCACACUCCCCACCACCCUGUGCUGGCUCCUGGCUGCUGGCUGCCUGGUACCUUGCAAUGGAUUUACACCUGAGGACAUCAAGGAUGCUCUGCUCAGAAAGCUGAACCUGCCUGAAGUUCCUAGAUUACAGAAGAGAGACAUUGAAAACCUGCUGAUCCCCAAAAAUGUUCAGGACAAGUAUGUCUCUAUGCUGAACAAACACAGGGAGAGACAGAGGAGAUCUGUGCCCAGUCUAAUGGGCAUUCUUAGGGGCAUCAAAGCCAAUACAGCCAUUUCUGGCGAGGUGCUCUACUCUGGACCCAUAAAGCAGACUCUGGUGUUUGAUAUUGCAGCCAGGAUCCCCAAUAACAGUGCGGUGACCAUGGCAGAGCUGAAACUCUUCAAAUUGUCCCCCAACCUCAAGAAUCUUCCUGAGAGAAGACACCAUCGACCCGUCAACAACGCCAGAGUCAGUAUCUGCUAUGUGGAGAUUCUAAAGGAUGGGACCAACAGGACUCACCUAGUAGACUCCAGGCUGGUGCCAAUCAUGGAGUCGGGUUGGAGAAGCUUUGAUGUGACCUCGGCGGUGCAUUACUGGAUGGAAAGCGAGAACAAGGCCACCAUGUACCUGGAGGUCCAGGUGGAUGGCGAGAGACCUGGCAGCUAUGCUUCACAGAUGGCCCAGCUGGUACAUUUCACUUCCCAGAAUCCUCACGGAGAUGCCAAGGAAAUACCUGAACUGGCUGUGUACACGCUCGAUCAGGAUGAAAAUGGAGUCCAUGGAGACUGCUCAAAACUAGGUGAAAACAAGGACAAUCGAUGCUGUAGAGAAGAAUACUUCAUCAAUUUUCGCCAAAUGACGUGGACACAGUACUGGAUCAUUGAACCUGCGGGAUACAAUGCUUAUCGCUGUACCGGAGGCUGCCGCCAACCAAAACUUCCCUUCUUUCAACAUCCCUAUGGGGAGAGGACUUGUUCGGUUGUGGAAAGUGCUCCUUUGCCGGUCAUGUACUUGGUCAAGAAGGGCGAUUACACGGAAAUUGAAGUGGCAGAGUUUCCUCAUAUGAUAGUUGAGAAAUGUUCUUGCUCCACAGAUGGCUUGCCCAGGUUCUGA